CAGUGAGAGGGAGCAGGGGAGGGGACCAAAGAGCCUGCAAGUGAAUGUGUGAAGCAAAUACUCAGAGGGAAUCAAAGCGCUACAGUGGGAAAGGCAAAAAAAAAAAAAAAAAGCCAUUGGGACUCAGAAAUUCUGGCUGACGGAAUAAGUGAAGAAAAAAAUUUGACAACGAACUGGCUGAGCAUCCAUUUCAUGGUGGAGGAUUGUGUUUUGUCGACAAAGUCACGAGGGAGUGGGGGAAACUGUGUUGCGACUGGUUAGAGCGUCAGCCUGACUUUUCUGAGGUUCAAAUCCCGGCCUCACCUGUGUGGACUUUGCAUGUUCUCCCCGUCCCUGCGACAUAUCUUACCCUCAAUGAAGUCACAGAGAAGACCUUCUAAAUAAUCUUUGAAAUUAUCCACCAGGGAGAUAGCACAUCAUGGAUGUCGAUCCUCUAAACAGCACUUUUGACAACACAACACAUAUCCAGUCUGCGCCCCAUAGCCUUUGGGAAGUUAUCACCAUAGCAACCGUCUCUGCCAUUGUCAGCUUGAUCACGAUAGUUGGCAACGUUUUGGUCAUGGUAUCCUUCAAAGUCAACAGCCAGCUGAAGACGGUCAACAACUAUUACCUGCUGAGUUUGGCCUUUGCGGACCUCAUCAUAGGAGUCCUUUCCAUGAACUUAUACACCACAUAUAUACUGAUGGGUUACUGGUCCUUAGGAAGCCUCGCAUGUGAUCUUUGGCUAGCUGUGGACUAUGUAGCGAGCAACGCUUCAGUUAUGAAUUUACUAGUCAUCAGCUUUGACAGAUACUUCUCCAUCACAAGGCCACUGACUUACAGAGCCAAAAGAACUCCAAGGAGAGCCGCCCUCAUGAUAGGCCUGGCAUGGUUAGUGUCGUUUGUACUGUGGGCACCACCCAUUCUGUGCUGGAAGUACAUUGUGGGAGAAGAAAAGGAAUCCGAGGACCAGUGCCAGAUUCAGUUUUUAACAGAGCCCGUUAUCACAUUCGGGACAGCCAUCGCAGCUUUCUACAUCCCAGUCUCCGUCAUGACUAUUCUCUACUGUCGGAUCUACAAGGAGACGCAAAGACGCACAAAGGAUCUGGUAGAGCUUCAAGGACUGGCAAGCGAUCAUGUCUCGGAGGGAGCUAAACCCCAGAAAAAAAUGAUUCCCUCUUGCUUCCAUUUUACCAGAGAGAGGAGAGAAAGGAGCCAGGCCUCCUGGUCCUCCUCUAACCAAAGUAACGCGACAAAGACUACCAUUAGGUCUGACGAAGUGUGGGUCAAAGCUGACCAAAUUGCUUCAUUUAAUAGCUACUCUUCAUCCGACGAGGAGGAGCAUCACGUUUCCAUUGAGACCCCGCAACGGUCUUUGAGGGAUAACGGUCAAAAUGAUAAGAAUGGCCAAGCGACGGAUUAUGCAGAAGAUCAGUAUUUUUCAUCCCCUUCGAAAGAAAGCAGUAAGAAGUGCAUUUCGUAUAAGUUCACACCUGGCUCAAAGGGUCAUAAAGGCAGUCCUGGACCCGCAUCUCCUCGAGCUCCUGGAGGCGAGCAGAAAAAUGCCUCACCUUCCUCUUCCACCGCCUCCAAGCCGAUGGACCCAGGUCUGAAGAACCAGAUCACUAAGAGGAAGCGAAUGGUGUUGGUGAAGGAGAAGAAGGCGGCGCAGACGCUCAGCGCCAUCCUCCUCGCAUUCAUCCUCACGUGGACUCCGUACAACAUUAUGGUACUGAUCUCCACAUUCUGCGCCACGUGCAUCCCCACGUCCCUGUGGCACCUGGGCUACUGGCUGUGCUACGUAAACAGCACCGUCAACCCCAUGUGCUACGCCCUCUGCAACAAGACCUUCCAGAAGACCUUCCGGAUGCUUCUGCUGUGCCAGUGGAGGAGGAAAAGAGGCAAGGACAAACUGUACUGGUGUGGACAGAAUGCCAAUGUCAACAACAAAAUGACCGGAUUGGUUGGUUGACUGCGGUGUCAUGUUGCCCGUUUACCCGGGUCAUGGCAGGGCCUGAAGCCUAUCCCGGCAGACCGGAUCAUGGUCCGGAUGCUGUUCAGGCUGUUUGUAAAUGGGGCAUUAGGUGGGUAUUGAUCCACAUCAACUACAUGAGUCGGUCAGCAAUGUGAACCAGUACACUACCAAUCUGUACCAGUGUAUCAUCUCACAUUAGAUAACUGUCACGUUGCUAUGAAUCUUUGUAAAUUAUAUUGUGUUGUGUGAUCAGCAUGAAGUGCAGCAUGUGAUUUUAUUUUUCUGUGAAGUACACGGAAAACAGGUUUUAGACAAAGUCAGUCAGAUGUUCUACAGUUAUUACAGUAGAAUAAGAAGGAAACUGGAAAAAGUUAUUUUUUUCAUUUAGUGUUAGCUAUUGAGUUACUUGAGUGUCAUUGACUGCCAUCUCAUACACUGGAAACUUGACACUGAAAACUGCACGUUUUAAAAUGUGAAAUUCCUUUAAAAAAAAAACAAAAACAAACACACAAACAGUGAAGAAAAUACGGAUUUGAACACCAUGCUUUAUUGCAAGUUCUCCCACUUAGAAAUCAUGGAGGGGUCGGAAAUUUUCAUCGUAGGUGCAUGUCCACUGUGAGAAAGAUAACCUGAAAAUAAAAUUCCAGAAAUCACAAAUGUAUGAUUUUUUUUAAACGAUUUAUUUAUGUGACACAGCUGCAAAUCAGUAUUUGAACACCUGAGAAAACCAAUGUUAAUAUUAGGUACAGUAGCCUUUGUUUGCAAUUACAGAGGUUAAACAUUUCCUGUAGUUGUUCAUCAGGUUUGCACACACUGGAGGAGGGAUUUUGGCCCACUCCUCCACACAGAUCUUGUCGAGAUCAAAAAGGUUUCUUGGGCUGUCCCGGAGAAACACGGAGUUUCAGCUCCCUCCAAAGAUCUUCUUUUCAGGUCAUUGACCAAUUCCUGUCGUGUAGUCCUGGACUGAUUCCUCACCUUUCUAAGGAUCAUUGAGACCCCACGAGGUGAUGUCCUGCAUGGGGCUCCACUCCGAUUUAGAUUGACCGUCAUGUUUAGCUUCUUCCAUUUUCUAAUGAUUGCUCCAACAGUGGACCUUUUUUCACCAAGGUGCUUGGCAAUUUCUCCGUAGCCCUUUCCAGCCGUGUGGAGUUGUACACUGUCUCUGGUGUCUUUGGACAGGUCUUUGGUCUUGGCCAUGUUACAAGUUAGAGUCUUACUGAUUGUAUGGGGUGUACAGGUGACUUUAUGCAGCUAACGACAGGCGCAUCUGAUUCAGGGUAAUACGUGGAGUGGACGUCGACUUUUAAAGGCAGACUAACAGGUCUUUGAGGGUCAGAAUUCUAGCUGAUAAACAGAUGUUCAAAUACUUAUUUGCAGCUGUAUCGGAGAAACAAAUCAUUAAAAACAUCAUUCGUUGUAAUUUCUGGAUUUUUCUUUUUAGAUCAUCUCUCUCACAGUGGACAUGCACCUACGAUGAAAAUUUCAGAUCCCUCCAAAGCAAGGUGUUUAAAUACUUAUUUUCUUCACUGUACAUUAUAUCUAAAUCACGUAGGCUUGAUAUUUUAAAAUGAUUUAUCCUAUGAAUGAAUCAUUUAGGUUUAAUUAAUGACUUGGUAGAUUUGAACUAAUAUUGACUUAUUUUUAUUCAUAGUGGUUGCAGUACAUUUUGUUCCAAGGGCUGAUCUUUUGGCUCUGCGUUACUUUGACAGUGGUAAUAUAGCAAAAAGUAUGAGAUUGUAAACUGCUUUAUUUAACAUAUUAAAGUACAGAAAAAUAAUAAAUGUCAGGUGUUUAGCUCUUGUCUAGACAAAAAGUGGAGUACAUAUCUGUAACAACUGGCUUUCAAUAGUUCUGUUUGAUGUCUGAUCCUGUAUUAUAAACAUAUUUGCACUUUUAUGCCAUUUGAUGAUGUAAUGUCAUACUCUGUGCCUUCUGUUCUGCUCAGAGGUCAAAUGACUUAUUCAAUCUGUGGCGCUUGUUUGUGCAUUUCAGUGAAAGUAUGUCUGUGUAACAAUGUGAAGAGUGAAAUACAAAUUCUGUCAUAGAAUUACAUUUCUUUUUUUUCAACUGUGACGUUGCUUCUGUCCUGAUUUAUAUUUUUACAAGUUGUUUUGCGAUGGCUUAAUAGUAACGGUAAGCAUAUAUUUGAGUUCAGAAGCAAAGGUUUUACACUUGCACAGACUGUUGAGAUCCAAUACAAGAGCUGAAAUAUUAUUUGUACAAGUGUAACUUGGGCGGCACAGUGUCUCAGCUGGUAAAGCACAGUUCUGAGGACCCAGGUUCGAUCCCGGCCCCGCCUAUGUGGAGCUUGCAUGUUCUCCCUGUCUCUGC